AUGCUAGGCACAUUAAGUCAAAACAACAACUUCACUGCGUCUGCGAAUGCCUCGGCACCGCAACAACAGCAGCAGCGCGUUAACCCGAUUCGUCCCCUCACUAUUAAACAGCUCCUGGAUGCCCAAAGCGUUGGGCAAGGUGUUCUUGUUGUAGACGGCCGAGAAGCCACGCAAGCCAUCAUCAUUGGGCGCAUUAUUGGUUACGAAAACGCCAACGCGACCUCUGUCAAGGCCCUCACCGCGAAGCACUAUGGUUACUACAUCACCGACAACACCGGAAAGAUCUUGGUUCGACAAUGGGUUGAUGCUGAGAGCACCGAGGAUCCUCUCCCCCUCCACACCCACGUGCGCGCCUCGGGCUCCGUCAAGGUGUGGCAGGACGCUCCGGUGGUUACUGGAUCGGUGGUCGGGAUCGCCGACAGCAACGAGAUGAACUUCCACCUGCUCGAUGCCAUCCUUACCCACCUCCGACUCGUGAAAGGCGAGAAACGCGAGGCUGCCGCUCCAGGGGGGUUCGCCAUGAACACCGCCGCGGCGGUCGGGGCGCAGAACAUUUUGCCCGGUGGGGAUACGAAAAUCCCCCUGACGGACCUCCUCAUCAGCGUGAUCCAGCGCUCCGGUAACCCCGAUGUCGGCCUUUCCAUGGAUGAACUCAUUGCUGCAGCACAGCAGUACAAUUUUGGUCCUGGAGACGUGAGGAACGCCCUGCGCAUCUUAGCCUCGGAGGGAAAGAUUUACCAGACGCAUGACAAUCGUUUUAAUAUUUAG